AUGGUUGGCAUCAAACAACUCUCUCUCGGAGCAACUCUCCUACUCAGUCUCUCUCAACGAGCUGUCUGCGACCCAACCGAAACUCAAGAGCUGAGUGCUCGAGAUUGGGAAAAUAUCGACCAACUCAUGGAGCGAGACCUCGAGAUCCGCAAGGGUGGUGGCGGCCGUGGUGGUGGUGGGAAUGGCGGCGGUGAAAAUGGGUUCCCUGGCUAUGAGCCCUCUGGUAGUGGUGGUGCCGACAAGGGCAGCCACAGACAUGGCCGCAAAGGUCGACGAAGCCUCGAGAUUCGAAAGGGUGGUGGCGGCCGUGGCGGCGGCGGAGGCGGCGGCGAGAAUGGUUUCUCUGGCUAUACGCCUGGUGGCAGCGGCGGCGCUGACAAGGGUAGCCACAGGCGUGGUAGACGGAGCCUUGAGAUCCGCAAGGGAGGCGGCGGCCGUGGUGGUGGUGGUAGUGGUGGCGGUGAAAAUGGCUUCCCUGGCUACGAGCCCUCCGGAAGUGGCGGUGCCGAUAAGGGCAGCCACAGACAUGGACGCAAGGGUCGUCGAAGCCUCGAAAUUCGUAAAGGAGGCGGUGGACGAGGCGGUGGUGGUGGCGGCGGCGAGAAUGGUUUCUCUGGCUAUACCCCUGGUGGUAGCGGCGGUGCUGACAAGGGAAGCCAUAGACAUGGCCGCAGAAGGAGUCUGUAG